UCAACGUAUACGGGAAAACUGCUAAUUCUCAUAAAAUAAUUUACUUUUAUUUCAUAUACAGGUAUAGCAUUAGAAAUGCUGUCUAACAAAAUAUCCCUUACAUAAACCACCCUAUUUUUUUCCCAACACCCCCUUAUUACACUAACCUAGUUCGUAAACUGUGAGCUUAAUGUAUUAGACACAUACUGUCCUUAACCGCAACGGCAUUUCGCGUUUCGCUUUCAAACAGAAUACUUGAAAUAAUCUUCAUUUAUAAAAAAAAAAUUGUGAGCCGUGGUUGUGUUAGUGAAAACAUAAGGGAAAUAUGGAUACUAGGGAACCAUGCCUAGUCGAGCAGUGAGUCGCGGUCCUAUAAUAAUUGGAGAAGUCAGUAUGGCUGACAAUCCCUUUGCGACCUUUGAGUCGCUAACACAAGCCGGCAUCAUUGCGGUGAUCGGAGUAGCUAUCAUCAUAUCCAACUUACUUAUCAUAAUUGCCUUCCUUAAUUUCAAAGGUCUAUCGAACGAGGUGAUAAACUACUACUUGCUGUCCCUGGCGGUGGCGGACCUUCUGUGCGGUGUCUUCGUGGUGCCCCUCUCCAUAUACCCGGCCAUCACCGGUCGCUGGAUGUUCGGGGAUCUGAUGUGUCGGCUCGUCGGCUACCUUGAGGUCACUCUCUGGUCCAUCUCAGUUUACACCUUCAUGUGGAUCUCGGUCGAUCGUUACCUCGCCGUUAGGAAACCGCUCCGUUAUGAGACGGUUAGUCUGACGGUUCAAACGCGCACAAGAAGUCAGUGCUGGAUGGUGUUUACGUGGAUCUCAGCGGCUAUGCUGUGCUGCCCUCCUCUUCUCGGUUACAAAAAGGAUGCAAGUUUCGACAGUGAAACUCUGAUUUGCAUGCUGGACUGGGGAACUACUUAUGCUUACACGGCAACUUUAGCCAUGCUUAUACUAGGGCCUAGCGUCAUAUCAAUCGUCCAUAACUAUUGGUAUAUAUUUGCCAUGAAGAGAAAGCUUAACAGCGGAGUACCCAUACACGACAAGGAGUACGCGACCGCUUUGGCAGAGAAUUUAGCUAAUCCCAGCCAUUGGAUGAGUUUUGUAAUGGUCACCACGUUCUGGUUGAGUUGGGCCCCAUACACUGGUAUCAGGCUGUACGAGUAUUUCACGGAUCAAGAAUUAAAGAUGCCCAUGUUACACUUCGGUAUGGUAUGGGUUGGAAUACUUAACUCUUUUUGGAAGGUCAUAAUCCUCGUUUCCCUCAGCCCUCAGUUUCGUUUGGCGUUACGAAUCUUAUGUCUCACAGCCUGCUGCCGGUCGAAAGGUCGAUUGCAGGCUGAGCUAGUAGGACUGGACAACGAUGAUUAGGAAUUAAUGGAGUGUUGUGUAGUGAUGAGGACUGAGAAGUGCUAUAAGCAAUAUUAGGUCGCUCAGGUGCGACCAGUCGGCUGUUGAGUAGGCUAGGAUUGCCUGGUUAGGUUUCAUCAGACGAUCUUAUAUACGAUUGAAUUUUAUCAAUUUAUUGACAAUAAUAAUUAAUUUUGUAACCUAAUAUUUUGAUCAUAUCAUAUGUUGUUUGUCUCCGCCUUUAACACGACAAUGUGUAUGUGGUGAAAUAUGUUUUUUCAAUUAUAGUAGUACGUUUGAAGGUAUAGUUGUGAUAAUUAUAGAGUAUGUACUUACCCCUUGGAUGCGGUACAAUUAUUUAUGUACUAGAGUUUUAUAUAGGAAUAGUCAGCUACUCGUCGUAACAUUUAUUAAACAUUAACCGAAAACGAUAGUGGAAGGUGUAUUUAAAACAGUUAUACUGCCCAUGUUCUGAUACAGUGAUUGAUAUUAGAAAUAUUUAAGUUUGUAUUAAGAUUGACCGAUAUAUGAUCGUACUCAAAUGCCCAAAAUGUAAAUAUAAUAAUAGUUCAAAUAUAUUCUAAUUAUUUAUCAGUAUACAGCCGGUUCUAGGCAGAUUAGAAACUGCCGUCUUAUUUCUACAGUUUAUUUUCAUGACACAUGUGCUACAGUUAAUAUUAUACACAUUCUACGUCUCUUGUUACUAGCAAUGGAAGAAAACAACUACGUAGAUUUAUUAUACAUAUUAUAGAAGCAGUAAUUUUCUUUAUAAAAUUACCACUACCACCCAUUGCAUUCACACUUUUUUAUAAAUCCGUUUACACCUCCAUUCUGUACAAUUGGACUACAUAACAUGUGCGUUAAGACAGCAGUUAUUCAAAUUAUAUUCAAUUAGUCUAAAGUCGAUUACCGUUAAAAUUCUUAGAAAAAAAUUAUGUAUGUAUUUAGCAAAGCAUUUCAAAGCAAUUCAUAUCUGUAGUCCUCAAUUAGUUUACACAGACGUGUGACAAAAUAUUCAGCUAUUUAAAUUUAUAAAAAAGGAUGGUAUAUUGUACUACAUACUGUUUUACCACUUUAUAGACUAUUUCAGUGUUGUGUUAAUUUCAAAAGUCUAAAGUAGUUACAAUCAGACCCGUAUGAGUUUUAUCGUAUUAUGAUUUCAUCUGUUCAGUAUUAAUAACGUCAUACUAUAAUAUUAAAAAUAUUCAAUAUCCCAUGAAGCUGGGAUCUCAAAGUAAAAAAAAUGUAAAAGGUUGAUUUAUUUUUUUAUUUAUGUGAACAUUUGAGUAAAUAUGAUUCCAGAAACUUAUAAAAGGUAAUCUUCUGAAGACUGUAUAAUUUAUAGUUGUGAUUUUUGUACAUUAAACUGUUACUAGAUACUUAUGAAUCGCUAAAAAUAAAGUCAUAUGAAUAUUAUAAGAAUUAUAA